AUGGCUCGCGGCAACGUCGACGUAUACAAGGUCUUCUACAAAGGCGACAAUGACGACUUUAUCGUCUUCGUGGAAGAUGUCGCGGCGGUGCGAAACUGGAAAAAGGACCGCUCGAUUCCACUGGCACAGGUGGUGAACGGGUUCAAGGUUUUCGUGACACAUCGACAAGGGGCGCAGGGAAUACAUGAUGGGGCUAGCAAGGCGAUACUGGAGUGCGAAUUUGGGACGUCGGAUGUAGAAGAGGCUAUUGCAAAGAUACUGGAGAGGGGAGAGAUACAGGAGAGCGAGGUGAGUCUUGCCGUCCCCAGGUUUAUUAAGUUACUCUUUGGCUAA